AUGGCUUCGAGCUACCGGAAAGCAGGAGGCUCUGCAGGGCCAGCCAAGAAAAAAGCAGGCCCCAAAAUGGAAGUGACUCCAGAGAUGAAGCAGGAAAUACAAGAGGCCUUUGAUCUGUUCGAUACUGAUGGGACAGGCGUCAUCGAUGUCAAGGAACUCAAGGUCGCCAUGCGAGCCUUGGGUUUCGAACCAAAGAAAGAGGACAUUAAGAAGAUGAUCGCAGACGUGGAUAAAGAAGGCUCCGGAACGAUCGACUUUGACGACUUUCUCAGCAUGAUGUCCACUAAGAUGAGUGAGAAGGACUCCAAGGAAGAGAUCCUCAAGGCUUUCCGGCUGUUUGACGACGACUGCACCGGGAAAAUCUCCUUCAAAAACCUGAAGAGAGUUGCAAAGGAGCUGGGGGAGAAUCUCAGAGACGAGGAGCUGCAGGAGAUGAUCGAUGAAGCGGAUCGAGAUGGAGACGGGGAAGUCAGCGAGGAAGAGUUCUUGAAAAUAAUGAAAAAGACCAAUUUAUACUGA